CGACGGCGGCGACGUGCCGGGCAGCGUCACGCCGUCGGGGGGGGGGCGCGUCUACCUUCUAGGACUGGGUGCUCCGCCGCGUCUUCCCGCGAGAGACUGGAAACGAGAAGCCGGCGUCUGCGGAGCGGGUAUUCCGGGUAGGAGGAAGUAGUUUUUAGGUACAGCUGCACUGCAGGAAUGGCAGAGUUUGGGAUCUCCCCUGGCCAGCUUGUGGCAGUGUUCUGGGACAAGUCAUCUCCUGAGGAGGCCCUAAAAACACUGGUGGAUAAUCUUCAAGGGUUAACUGGCAGCGAGGGCCAAGUGUUCACGGAGAACCUCAGCCAGCUGCUGCAGUCUGCCCAUAAAGAAUCCAGCUUUGAUGUUAUUCUGUCGGGUGUAGUCCCAGGAAGCACCUCUGUGCACAGUGCUGAGGUUCUGGCUGAGAUGGCCCGAAUCCUUCGGCCAGGGGGAUGCCUUUUUCUGAAAGAACCAGUGGAGACAACUGUAGUUAACAAUGACAAAAUGAAGACGGCCUCUAAGCUGUGUUCCACCCUGACUCUUUCUGGCCUUGUGGAAGUAAAAGAGUUGCAACGGGAGUCCUUAAGCUCGGGGGAGGUGCAGUCUGUCCAGGAACACCUGGGCUACCACAGUGACAGCCUGCUCUCAGUUCAUAUCACUGGCAAGAAGCCAAACUUUGAAGUGGGCUCUUCCAGCCAGCUUAAGCUUUUAACCAACAAGAAGACUUCUUCAGUGAAGCCCGUUGUGGAUCCUGCUGCUGCCAAGCUCUGGACUCUCUCAGCCAAUGACAUGGAGGAUGACAUGGUGAGUUGGAUCUUCAUUGACUCAGAUGAAUUGCUAGAUCCAGAAGAUUUGAAGAAGCCUGAUCCAGCCUCCCUGAAGGCCCCUUCAUGUGGGGAAGGGAAAAAGAGGAAGGCCUGUAAGAACUGCACCUGUGGCCUUGCAGAAGAACUGGAAAGAGAGAAGUCAAAGGAGCAGGGCACCCAGCCCAAGUCAGCCUGUGGAAAUUGCUACCUGGGGGACGCUUUCCGAUGCGCCAACUGCCCCUACCUUGGGAUGCCAGCCUUCAAGCCUGGAGAACAGGUGCUUCUGAACAACAGCAAUCUCCAGGAUGCCUAGGAGGAGCCCCAGGCACACACCUCCUCCGGCCAACUCCUGACCCUCAGCCCCACCACUGCCUCCUCCCACUCUGAGAACAUCCGCAGGGAGAGGCUGUAGCAGAGUGAAGCCGCGGUGGUGCGGUGCUGUGCGGUGCUGCUAUGUCUCGAAAGACAAGGUGUAAGGGACCUACCUCUUGAUAGUGUUAGGAGAAGGUGCACCCUAAGGAACUCCGCUCCUGGUGGGACCGUGCUGACCUCUCCACCCUUGAGUAUUUAUGCUGUAGAAGCUCCAGGCUCCUCUCGGUGAUGCUGCCGCCUACUGAUCUUCUUCAACGUGUAAUUCUUGGAGCCAUGGGGUCAGCUGUCAAAGGGCCUCAGGGGCACCAAAGAAAAUCGCUCCCCAGUUGCUGUGAUCCAUCUGUGUCCCUCUGUCCUUCCCACAUCACCCCAUUUUGCUGUAGUGUUGUAUCUGUGUCCUGAUGUCAUCUCUGUUAAGCAAUAGAUAGUAAACUUCUAUGUUUCUGUGUCCCUUGUGAUGUGUGUAUAUGCGUGGGGUCUGCCACAGUCAUCACAUUCAACUUGGACUAUGAAACUUGCUUGUGAAGAAGCUGAAGUCACAUGGAGUGGGGCCAAAGCUGCCUUUAUAGAGUGGGGCCUUUCUCCAUCUCCUGUAGGAGAGUCCAGGUUGAGAUGGGGAGAAGCAGAGCAGGCCAGGCCAGCAGCAGUAAAUGUCAGAACAGGAGACCCCUUUAUUCUCUCUGCUGCCUGUAAUCCAUUGUGCCUGGUCUUUUCUGUUUGAAAUAAAAAUACCACUGUUAACCUGUC